AUGGAGACCUGGCUUGAGAAGAAAGGAUGGGAGAAGAUAGAAGGGCGGCUGCCAAAAGGAUAUAGAUGGGAAGCACAGCUGGCAGAAAGGAAAAAUAAAAAAGGAAGGGCAAUGGGAGGAAUGAUAGGGGUGAAGGAGCAUCUGAUGGGAAAAGAAGGAAGGAUAAUAAAGGAAGGGAAAAGGACAGGAAUAAUGACAGCAGAAUUCAAGAGAGGGGAAGAGAAAUGGAGAGUAGUAGGGGUAUACGUGAACGCGGAUAUAGAGGAAAAAAUGGAGGAACUCAGGACAAGAAUGGAAGACGUAGAAGAAGAAAGAAUAACAAUAAUAGAAGGAGAUUUCAAUGCGAGAACAGGGGAAGAAGGGGAAGGAGGGAUGACGAGGGGGGAGGAGGAGGAAGAGGGCGAAAGAAAAUCAAAAGACAAAAAGCAAAAUGCGGAGGGGAGAGUCAUGCUAGAGGCACUAAGAGGAACAGGUUGGGAAAUAUUGAAUGGGAAUAUGAGGGGGGAUGAAGAAGUAGAGUUCACGUACACGGGAGCAAGGGGAAGCACAGUGAUAGAUUACUUAAUAGCAGAGGGAGAGGGGAAGGAGAGAAUCAAAAGAAUGGAGAUAGGGGACAGAGUCGACUCAGACCACCACCCAAUGAUACUGAAGCUGGAAGGGGAGAGAGUGGGGAAGGAAAAAGAAGGGGAGAAGAAAAGACCAGCGGCGGGAGGAAACUGGUCGGAGAAGGGAAGAGAGAGGUUUAAAAAGGAAAUUGUGUGGAGGGAGAUGAGAAAAGGAAAACUAGAAGAGGACAUGGAGACAAUGCUAAGGGAGUUCAGGAAGGGACUUGAGAGAGGAAGGGAGGAAACAGAAACGCGCAUGAAAAAAGGGUGGUGGGACGAAGAAUGUAGGCAGAAAAAGAAAGAACUGAGAAAGGUGUUAAGAGAGUGGAGGAAAGGGAGGGUCGGGGUAGUGAACUAUAGAGAAGCGAAAAAGGAAUACAACAGACUAUGCGGAACAAAAAAGGAAAAAGUAAACGAGAGUUUUGAAAAGGAGGUGGAAGAAGCAAGAACAGAAGGCGAGGUGUGGAAGAUAAUAAAUAGGGAGAGGAAAAGAGGAGGGAGAGUAAAAACGGGGAUAAAAGAAGAGGAUUGGAGAAAACACUUCGUUAACCUACUACUAGGCGGGUCAGAGGAAAAGGUAGUAAUGGGAGGAGAAAGAGAACGAGAAAGGGACGAGGAAGCGGAUAUAAGAAAAGAAGAAAUAAGAAAAGCGGUGGCGAAACUAAAGGACGGAAAAGCAACAGGGGGAGAUGAGAUCCCCAAUGAAGUGUGGAAAUACGGUGGAGAAGAAGUAAUGGACUGGGCAUGGAAAAUAUGCAACAGGGUAUGGAGAGGUGAGGGAUGGCCGGAAGGAUGGAAGAAAGGGAUAAUCGCUCCCAUAAAGAAAAAAGGAGAUGGGAAACAGGCAUCUGACUACAGGGGGUGA